GAGCGCUCCUACUUUGCAUAUUUACACAGUACCUGACUGGAAUGCUUAGACAGCAUACAAAAGAGCAGCUUGUUACAUCUUUAGUUCAGAUCAAAGCAGAUUAUCGAUGCUACAAGAACUUCUAGUGAAGUUAGAGAACAGUUCAGGCUGAAUCAUUUCCAUCAAAAUGUCAGGUUCUUCUCAGGGAGCUGGCUCCUUUGGCAUUGCAGACUAUGCAGUGUUUGUGCUCAUGCUGGUGGUGUCUGCUGGUAUAGGAGUUUACUACGCCUGGAUGGACAGAAGCUCUGGGGAAUUCUUAACGGGGGGCCGGACUCUCACGGCUCUGCCUGUGUCCAUGUCCCUCACCGCCAGCAUUAUGUCAUCUGUCACUCUGAUGUCCAACCCGGCUGAGGUGUACCAGUAUGGAGCGAUUUUUGGUCUUAUUGGUAUCGCCUACACACUAUCGAUUGUCAUCACUUCUGAGAUCUUUCUACCUGUCUUCUACAGGCUGGGCAUCACAAGCAUCUAUGAGUAUCUGGAGCAGCGUUUUAAUAAAGCAGCACGUCUCUUUGGGACGGUGACUUUUAUUAUUCAGACAUGCCUUUAUGCAGGAGUUAUGGCUUAUGGCCCAGCUCUGGCUUUAAACAGAGUUAUUGAUAUGAAUCUAUGGAUUGGAAUUACUUCUACAGCCAUUGUUUGUACUUUUUACUGCACUUUUGGUGGGUUUAAGGCAGUUGUGUGGACUGAUGUGUUCCAGAUUGGAAUAAUGCUCUCAGGAUACUUUGCUGUUAUCACCAAAUCUGUGAUGGUUCAAGGAGGAAUCUCCAUCAUUGUUUCGGAUUCACAACAAGGAGGAAGACUCAACUUUUGGGACUUUGACAUAAACCCCCUAAGGAGAAAUACCUUUUGGACCCUUGUUGUUGGAGGCACGUUUGUCUGGAGCUCGGUUUAUGGGAUCCACCCAGCAGCCGUGCAGAGAUACAUCUCCUGCAAGAGCAUCCUUCAUGCCAGAGUAGCCGUGUAUUUCAACCUGCUGGGUCUUUAUGCCUGUUUGAUAUCGACACUCUUUUCUGGACUGUGUCUAUAUUCGGUCUAUAAGAACUGUGACCCGUGGACAGCCGGCCUGGUUUCAUCUCCAGAUCAGGUGCAACAAACAAAAGGAAAAUAA